UGGCCAGCUAGCUAAUGUUACCCUUACUUCUCUCUGUUCUCCGGACUCGAAGCUCGAAGAGUGGAGAGGGAUAUUUACAGCACCGAAGGCUGGCUGUCGUUUUAUUUAUGAAAAUAGACCUGCUGUAAUAUUGUAGAUAGUUAAAAUGUUAUGCUAACGCUAGCAGUAGAUUUACCUUCACUGACCCACCGAGCGACCGCUAACGCUACUUUACCUCACGCUUGUGCUGGACCUCUUUGAUUUAAUGGGUCCAAUCAUUGGGAUGUCACCAGAUAAGAAAACGGAAAUUCCGGGUAUGCAAGAGGAGCGGACGGGGCUCAGAGGUGUUUGUGGUGUAGGAACACUGCCUGAGGCGGAGUGUGCUUCCAGUCCGCUGGCAACCAGCGUGGAUCGUACUGGAGGUAACGAGGAUGAGGAGCUCACCAACCUCAACUGGCUCCACGAGAACCUGCUUCAGAACUUCACUCUGGGGGGUCCUGAGGCUCAGCCCAGUGGCAGCCCCCUUUUCGACAUAGAGGGAGACUACGGGUCCAGCCAGGGCCCAUCAUCCUCCUCCUCAUCCUCGUCACACAGCAGAGGCAGGGAGCGGGACUCGUUGAAGUCUAAGCCCCCUUUUUCAUUUUCUCUGCUUAUCUACAUGGCCAUUGAGCAGUCACCCAGCAAGUCUUUGCCUGUUAAAGAAAUCUAUGGCUGGAUUCUUGAGCACUUCCCUUAUUUCUCCAAUGCUCCCACUGGCUGGAAGAACUCAGUUCGUCACAACUUGUCCCUGAACAAAUGCUUCCGCAAGGUCGAGAGGAAUUUGGGAAAGGCCAAUGGAAAAGGUUCUCUCUGGUGUGUUGACCCUGAGUACCGCCCCAACCUGAUCCAAGCCCUUAAGAAGCAGCACUUCCCUGCCGCACAUGCCUUCUGCACACCUCCCGCCUCCCCACCCAGUGCCUCCUCGCCCCCUCGCCAUCUCUUUCUACAAGGCUGCUCAUUCAAAGAGUCUGACAUUGAUGCUGCCACUGCCAUGAUGCUCUUAAACUCUGCCCCCGGGUACCACGUUGACCCAUGCAAUUCUGACAGCCCGCUUGACCUCUCCAGACCUGACUCCGUUCUGGUCAGCAGUGAUCCAAAGCAGGACCACAACUACAGCAGCGUCGCUCUGCAGCGCUGCUCUUCCCGUUCCUCCUCCUCGUCUCUUUCCUCCCUGGACGAAGGAGGCUGUGACCGCAGGCAGUCCCGCCGCGCCGGCAGCGAGGGCUUCCACAGUGAUGAGGACUCUGACCUCUGGGACGAGAGGGGCGUCCACCAGACUUCUCGACAUCCACCCGCCACCAAGUGGCCCGCCGGCAAGAGGGCACGACGUGAGGUCAAGCCAGAGCUGGAUGAGGAGCUGAAAGAAGCCGCCGGCUCCUUGCUGCACCUCGCUGGUAUACGCAGCUGCAUGGAGGGCUCCAAACGUACUGUCAAGAGCACAAAACUUAACAGGAAAUGAAGAUUCCCCCCAUUAGACUCCGGACCCUGUGAACCCUAACCUCUGACCCCUGAUCAUGUGUCCCAGUGUGCCUCCUUCUCCUUAUCUGAUCGUUCAUUGGCCAUUUUGAGCCUUUUUUUGUUUGGGAAUAUCCCUGUCCAACAAAACAAAUGGCAAUAGUAUCGUUCAAACAGGAGAACAAAGCCAUAUAGAGACUUUUGUAUCUCGGGGGUAACUGCUGGGGGUGGGUGUUUGGGCUAUGGAGAACCAUCAAGAUACCUAUCCAAAAUGACCCACCUGCUUCUGUUGGAUUGGGAGAUUAUGAUUCAAGAAUUUUUCUCUGAAAGACAAAAUGGGAAAAAGCUGAAGGUUUUAUAACUCAAAGCGUUGCAUGCUUCCUCCUCAAACCUGUAUCCUCUUCCAAGUGAAUCUAUUUAUGAAGCGAAUGAGUGCAUGUUUGUAAUAGACAAAACCUAACCUGGUGUUAUCAGUUUCUCCUUUUUUGUGCUAAAGAAAAAAAAUGCCACUGGUUUGAAAGGAAUUCUUGCUCUAUGAAUCCUCUUGUAAGAGAGAUGCAAUAAUUAAUCCACAUCCUUAACUUUUCGACAUUAUUUCACAGUGGCAUUUUUCAGAGUUGAGUAUGCUAGUUAAACUUUACAAUUAAGAGAAUGAAUGGAGUAGUAUUAUGAUCUUGUUAUGCGAUAAACUUACUACACACGAGCUCUGGCUCUAUUUCAGGAUUAGCAAGAUGUGGAAAUAGUAUUACUCUGCCACUGCCAAAUUUAGUUGCAAAGUUAGCUAUACUACUUCACUCAGUUUUGUGCAGCCAUCACAGUGCUAUAAAAAUGAAAAAUGAAAGCUGUUUUUUUUUUUUUUUUUGUUCUUAUUUGAAAAUCCACUUCUCAUCCGGUCAAUCCCUUUCAUUCAUCAGUGUGUUUUGAUAUUUAUUGUGCAGACACAGAACAUAUAUUCACAUGUUUGGUGACAGCCUAUACAAAGUAAACAUCUGCCAUGUAUUGCCAGACGUUCACUGUGUUCAUAGGUUAUCCUCCAUAGAUUUUAUUUUAUUUUUGUGGGGGUGUGUGUGCGCGUGUGUAUCAUAGUGCAUGUUGACUUCAGCCUGAACCUGAGAUGACGGUCACAACAGAAGAGAGUUUGAAAUGGUCUUUUUCUUCCACUGAAUACGAUUGGUGUAAUGACAGAUCUCCUUGCUACAGCGGUGUUGUAGGGCUGCUUGGUACCCUGUUGGCUUCUGGUCCUUUUUUAAUGCAGAGCUGGUCAGUGGUCAGAAACAGGAGCAGACAGUAAAUUACCACAGCUUCUUGCUCCAUUAUUUGGGUUUGCAGUUUGAUUAUACCUCCGUGUGUUCUCCUUGAUUUUUUUUAUUUUAUUUUAAUUUUUAAUUUUUUUUUUUUUAAUUCUCAGUGAAUUCUCUGCUGGCUGAUCCUGUGGCUGAGUUCACUAACAACUUGAGAGAAAGUUUGUCUGUUUUGGUUCAAAUAAAUGAAAGAUCCAGAGCUUAGAGCAUAUUCAAGUGCAAAGAGGGAGAAGGGAACAAUACAGUCAAGGCCCGAGCAAAGUGAACUUUGUAUGUGCAGUUCGAUCGCAGGUGAGAUGUUGAAGGCCUGUGCUGCUGCUCUCAUGUUGUGCCCUCGGUUCUGGCCGGCCACUAGUGUUUGUUUCUUCCUCUUCGAACAAAAUAAGGAAGUGCACGCUCUCUUCUCAAGCUGUGAAAUGGAGUGUUUAUUGUCAGUUGAUUGCAUGCUUGUUCACCGAGGGGAAGUUGCAAGCCACUUGAUAAAAAGGCCAAUAAUCUCAUUUGAGCUUUUAAAAAGGCUGCGUAGUUGCAGCACACAAUACAAGGUAGCAUGGAACUGCACAAGGCUAACAAACUGAAAAUUAUAUUAUUUCUUCCCACAGUAUGAGAUCACAUUUUGUCAUAGUGACUGUUAGUAUAGCAUGCAUGGUCAGUGCCAAACAUUUUCUUGUGCCACUGAUGUAAAACUGCAAAUGGCCAUGGUCACUAUAUUCCCCUGCUGCCAUAAUGUCAAAGUGAUUUGGAGCAACAAUGCCGUAGUUUUCUGAUUCAUCCUAACAGGAAAUGGGAAAGGACUGCGGUCAGUACGGUGACUUAACCAAUUUUUUUGGUUUAUUUUUGUCGCUUUAGAGUGGGAACUGUUCUUGCCAGAUUAAGCUUCAGUUCUCAGAAGUAAUACUUGCAUACACUGGUCUUGUUUAGCUGUGAAAAAAAGAACAAAUUAUUGUUCAUUAAUCAUCACCUUAUUUAUGACAUUAAUUUAUGGGAUUAUUGAAUGCAUACUCUAUCAAACACUGGUCAUCUGAAACAAAUGACUGGGCACAUUUAUUUUUCUCCCUCUGUGAACUCUUCUUAAUAAGUAUUUUGUUUUCCUCCUUUAUUUUACAGCAAUACAAAUUUUUUUUCUUUCACUAUGUUAUAGUGAUUAAGUAUGCCAAUGUCUAUUGUCCUUAGAGCGGGUGUAUUGUUUUUUGUUUUUUUUUUUUUUUUCCAAUUUAACCAUGACUGCCAGGUUUUCUUGAUGUUUUGUUUUGCUUUUUGUUAGGCUGGAUAGAAGACAAUUAACAUUGAUCCUGAAACCUUUUGUUGCCAAAACUGAUGUACAGCUGGGGUUUAAAAUUUAAGAUGGACACAUUCCCCAUGUACUGUAGAAGUUCUUUGAAGCUAAUUUAAUCAUUUUUACAUUUUUCACAUUUAUUGUUUAUGUUUAGAUAUUAUGACUAAAUAGUCACAAAAUGAAGAUUAGCUAUCGAUCUCAUCACAGAUAAGCAUCUUUAAAGAAUUACUGCCACUCAUAACUCAAGCUUCCAGGUAUUGUUAUGGGAUGUUGAAAUGUUUUGAAUAUUACUGAAAACUGGAUCAGACUAAGUCAGUCCCUAGGCGCUGCUGCUGUGUACUUUCAGACCUAUAUUUGUGGAGAAAUAAUGGAGAGACUUGUAAAGGAAAAUCUCACUCAUUUUUUCUGUAGCACUUGCAAAAGAAAAUGUUAUAUUGGUCUCAAAGUGACACUUAGUCAGUGAGUUGAUCUGUGGACGAGCUACCUAAACAUUUUGGGUUCCCAGGACUUAAAACCCAGUUGCUUCAUUGCUCAGCAGCUGUGAUCGAAUACUGAUUAUGUGAUUCUCUAAAUUCUGUUGCAGUUGCUAUGGGUAUGAUUGUUGCAUUUGACAAAGCUGCCAACCCAGUAUCAGUUUGUGUCUGUUGUCUGCCAUGUCUGUUAGACCGACACACCUUUUGGUUUUUGUAUGCUAACCUCUGUUGAUAAAAUGUUUAUAAGAUUUAUUUUCGCCAAAGAUAUGCAAUUGCAUUAUAUAUGGUAUUACAAAAUAUUAAUAAA